CAGCAUUAUUUUAUCGAUCAGUAAAAUAAGAAUACUACAGUGGUGCAUUGAAUUAUAUAUGUGUAUUAUAUAGCAAUGAUAUCAGCUUUGAAGAAGAAAUUUGGUGGAGUGGAUGAUGGUGAUCGUCAUGGAAGUAAUGAACUUGAACGUAUGCCACAUGGUAUUGCUGCUCUUGAUCAGGAAUUACAGAGGAAGUAUGCGAAAGGAGUACAGUAUAACAUGAAAAUCGUAAUACGUGGCGACCGAAAUGUUGGAAAAACUUGUCUCUGGCGAAGACUGCAAGGUCUUCCAUUUCUGGAUGAUUAUUUACCGACUAAUGAAAUACAGGUGGCAUCCAUACAAUGGAAUUAUCGUGUGACAGAUGACGUUGUCAAAGUAGAUGUAUGGGAUGUAGUUGAUCAAAGCACAAAAAAGCGUGUAAAGCCAGAUGGCUUAAAAUUGAGGAAUAUGGAGUCGGAAUUCAUAGAAGUUGCUUGUGAUGCACAGUUCGUUGAUGUUUACAAGGGCGCGAAUGGAGUAAUACUCAUGUUUGAUAUUACUAAAAACUGGACAUGGGAAUAUGUUGUCAAGGAAUUGGACAAUGUCCCGAGCAAUAUCCCAGUGCUAAUCGUGGGGAACAGGCGAGACAUGGGGCAUCAUCGUCAAGUCUCCGAAGAUCUUUGUCGAGCAUUUGUGGAUACCUAUAAACGAUUGAAGGAUUGUAUUGUUGACAUCUACGAAAGAAAUUUUAUCAUCAGUGAUACGGUAUUUGCUAUCACUAAAGUAGAUGAUACUGAUUAA